UUAAAAGCUUUUACUUCAGCUGGGAGCUUUCUGAAAGCACUGCUUGCCCCACCUCAAGACUAGGUGACAAUCGCUCAAUUUAGGACUUUCGCAGGCUCCCAGCCGGGUGUCGGAUCGCGCCUGCGCGCUGCAGCCCUUUGUUACCGCGCGGGGCUCGCGGUGCGCCUGCGCGGUGGACCGGCACGGACAAGUGUGCUGCACCCCCGGCGCCCGCUGGGGGCGAGCAGACCUUGAGCAGCAGCCGCAGCCGUUGCGACCGUCGCAGCGGGGUUCCAGAGGCCCGGGAGGUGGGAGACUUCCCGCUCGGUAACUGAGAUGUCGUCCACCGCAGCCUUUUGCCUUCUCUCUACCGUGGGAGGGUACUUGGUGACCUCAUUCUUGUUGCUUAAAUACCCGACCUUGCUGCACCAGAAAAAGAAGCAGCGGUUCCUCAGUAAACACAUCUCUCACCGCGGAGGUGCCGGAGAAAAUUUGGAGAAUACAAUGGCAGCUUUUCAGCAUGCAGUUACAAUUGGAACUGACAUGCUAGAAUUGGACUGCCAUAUCACAAAAGACGAACAAGUUGUAGUGUCACAUGAUGAGAAUCUAAAGAGAGCAACUGGAAUCAAUGUAAACGUCUCUGAUCUCAAGUACUGUGAGCUCCCACCUUAUCUUGGCAAACUGGAUGUCCCAUUUCAAAGAGGUUUCAGAAUUGGUGAAGCAGUAUAAGCGAGAACACUUAACAGUGUGGGGUAAUGCCAGUUAUGAAAUUGUAGAAAAGUGCUACAAAGAGAAUUCAGAUAUUCCUAUACUCUUCAGUCUACAACGUGUUCUGCUUAUUCUUGGCCUUUUCUUCACCGGCCUCUUGCCUUUCGUGCCUAUUCGAGAGCAGUUUUUUGAAAUCCCAAUGCCUUCCAUCACGCUGAAGUUAAAAGAACCACACACCAUGUCCAGAAGUCAAAAGUUUCUCAUCUGGCUUUCCGAUCUAUUAUUAAUGAGGAAAACGUUAUUUGACCACCUCACUGCCCGAGGCAUUCAAGUGUACGUUUGGGUAUUAAAUGAUGAACAAGAGUACAGAAGAGCUUUUGAUCUGGGAGCAACUGGAGUCAUGACUGACUAUCCAACCAAGCUUAAGGAUUUUUUACAUCAUUUUCCAGCAUAGAAAAAAGUACUCGGGUGUAUUAAGAGAAACCACGGAAAGACCUAAGAAGAGAAUAUAUCACUAUCAUUUCCCUGAGAUACUUCCAGAAUGAUAGACGGUUUAAUCAGUUCAGUUUCGAUUACCUCAUUUUUAAGCCUGUAUGAGAAUGUAGAAACUAUAUAUUGUAUAUUUAUUUUAAACACUAUGGCAUAUUUUACACUUGUAAAUUGUUUAGAAAGAUAACUGGUUAUGAGAUGUAAGUAGAUUAUUCAUGAAGAUAUUUGUAUAUAAUGCAAUAUGCUACUGUAACUACUUCUGAAAUCAAAGACUGUUGGAUAAAUUUGCCAUUAGCCUUCAGUGGAGGAAGAACAACUAAUUUAGUAAAAGAAAGCUACUGAAGGCCAUUACAGCUGUUUUGCACUGUCUCAUUAUGUGUAGAAACAUCUUAGUUAAAAAAAGAAAGAGAAUACAAUGAAAGAAGAACUUGAACAUCAAUGUUGUAGUUUUCUGGUAAACUAUACAUUGUUAGCAGAAGGCAGCCUCAAAGAAAUAACUGAGCCAGGCAUGGUAGCACACACCUAUAAUUCCAAUACUCA